GGUAUGGUGGUUGAAACCUCCGUCUUCUUUCGAUGAAUCCGAGGAAACCCCUUUUUUAGUUAACACUUAAUAACUCACACAGUCUCUCUCUCUCUCUCUCUCUCUCUCUCUCUGUGUGUGUGUGUGUGUCUGUGUGUGUAUAAAACUUAUUCUUCAUUUCUUCUUCUUCUUCUUCCACAUUCCAUGGCUCAGCUUCUUCAGACUCCGUUCAUUCCUUCCUCCUCCGCCCUCCGCCGAAACGGCAUUAUUCCCCAACGGAGAACGACUAGACCCCUCGUCUUUCGGGCAAAGAUCCGGGAAAUUUUCAUGCCGGCGCUCAGCUCCACCAUGACCGAAGGCAAAAUCGUGUCGUGGAUCAAAUCCCAAGGUGACAAGCUCUCCAAAGGGGACAGCGUCGUCGUCGUAGAAUCCGACAAGGCCGACAUGGACGUCGAGACCUUCUACGACGGCUACCUCGCCGCCAUCGUCGUCGAAGAAGGCGGCGUCGCCGCCGUCGGAUCUCCCAUCGCCUUCCUCGCCGAGACCGAGGACGAGAUUGCUCAAGCCAUGUCCAAAGCUCAAUCACAUUCAUCUUCUUCUUCCUCACCCUCACCACCACCACCACCACCACCACCAUUGGAAUCUCAACCGGAGAAGGUUGUGGUUGUCAAUAAUGUGGGUCCCGUUUCUCCGGCGAAGGCUCCGGCGGUUUCUUCGAGGCAUCCAGCGUCGGAGGGAGGAAAGAGGGUGGUGGCGUCGCCGUAUGCGAAGAAGCUUGCGAAGGAGUUGAAGGUGGAAUUGGGGAAAAUCGUUGGGAGUGGACCAAUGGGGAGGAUUGUAGCCAAGGAUGUUGAAGCAUUUGCAAGUAGUGGUGGUGUUGGUGUUGAUGUUGGUGUUGGUGUUGGUUCUUCUGAGAGUGUUGAGUUGGGAAGUGUGGUUCCUUUCACGACAAUGCAGAGUGCUGUUAGUAGGAAUAUGGUGGAGAGUUUGGGAGUUCCCACUUUCAGAGUUGGUUACACCAUCUUCACUGAUGCGCUUGAUGCUCUCUACAAGAAGAUCAAGUCAAAGGGAGUUACUAUGACAGCGUUGCUUGCCAAGGCUACAGCACUUGCGCUGGUUAAACACCCUGUUAUAAACUCUAGUUGUAGAGAUGGUAAUAGCUUUACAUAUAAUAGCAGCAUCAACAUUGCAGUUGCUGUGGCGACAGAUGGCGGACUGAUUACACCAGUGCUUCAGGAUGCUGAUAAGGUUGAUCUGUAUUCAUUGUCAAGAAAGUGGAAGGAGUUGGUUGAUAAGGCCCGGGCCAAGCAGCUGCAACCUCAUGAAUACAACACAGGUACUUUCACUCUUUCCAACCUGGGAAUGUUUGGCGUUGAUCGCUUUGAUGCUAUUCUUCCACCUGGAACUGGAGCAAUAAUGGCUGUUGGAUCAUCACAGCCAACUCUUGUGGCUACCAAGGAUGGUCGCAUUGGAAAGAAGAACCAAAUGCAGGUCAAUGUCACAGCAGAUCAUCGAGUAAUCUAUGGUGCUGAUCUUGCUUCAUUCCUGCAAACACUGUCACAGAUUAUUGAGGACCCUAAAGAUCUUACUUUCUAGUCUCCUUUACCUACAUUCUAAUGGCACAUUUUCUGGUUAAAAAAAUGAAAGACGUUUCUUUCUGGGUAUGAUUCCUCUCAUCAUGGUUAUGGGUUAUUGAUUGUUGACAAGCCGUAAAUGAGGAGCCAAUUAAAGAACAGGAGCAGUGUUUUGAAUAGGAAAGCUGAGUUGUAGUUUCUCAAAUGAGAUUUUGUCAAAUAUGCCAUUUUCAUUUUUCUUUAAUGCUGUCUGAUUAUAAAUUUUUAAUUUUUUGGCUGUUCAUUACUGUCUAAUAAUCUGCAUUA